CGGCGCUAUGAUGUGCUUUGGGAAAAUGAUAUAGCAAACGGAUUGGAUGUAUAGAAUUUGUUCAUUUUUGGGAGGAGAUCAAGUUUCUUUGUGCCGUUGAUGAACGAUGGGGUUCCAAGGACUUUGUCGAUCAAGUGACUACUGUUUAUAUGCGUUUAGUGUGUCGAUAUUGCUGUUUUUUGGAAAUCAGGCUGUCGCUGAGCUAAGGUACUCUAUCCCUGAAGAGGUGAAAGAAGGAACUCUUAUUGGAAAUGUGGCCAAGGAUCUCGGUUUGGAUAAAACCUCUUUGGCUGAUCGACGGUUCCGUGUUGUGUCUGGAUCCAAGGAAACAUUUUUCGAUGUAAACCCAGAGAGCGGUGCCCUGCAUAUCAGUAAAAAAAUCGACAGAGAGGAGCUGUGUCAUGGUAGUGGUGCAUGCUUAAUGGAACUGAAAAUCCUCGUUGAAAACCCUUUGGAAAUACAUUAUGUAGUUGUAGAAAUUGCUGAUGUAAAUGAUCACUUCCCUGUAUUUUCUGAAAAGGAACAGAUAUUUGAAAUAGCAGAAAAUAUUUCUCCGGGAAGUCGAUUUGAGUUGCAUGUAGCCCGUGAUCCCGACGCGGGAAUAAACUCUAUACGUACGUAUUCAUUAUCAACAAAUGAUCACUUUGAAAUAGAAACAACUCAAAGCGAUGAUGAGAAAAUUCCAUUCUUGGUGCUGAAGAAAUCGUUAGACAGAGAACAAAGGAGUACACACUCGUUACUGGUUACAGCACUGGAUGGAGGUAAACCUCCAAAAUCAGGGACAUUAAAUGUGUCUAUUGUUGUGUUGGAUAUAAAUGAUAAUCGCCCGACAUUUGGUCAUGAUCCUUACCAAAUAGAAAUAUAUGAAAACGUCUCCGUUGGUGCUACUGUUAUACGCGUAAACGCAGUAGAUCCAGAUGAAGGUAAUAAUGGAGAAAUAGAGUACAGUCUUGGAAAAACAUUGGCCAGAAAAAUCUAUGACUUAUUUGAACUGGAUAGUUUAAGUGGAAUAAUUACAGUAAAAGGAGCCUUGGAUUUUGAAGAAUCUGAGAUUUAUAAACUCGAUGUUCACGCAUCAGAUAAAGGAACGCCCCCAUUAAUAGGAAGGUCUAAAGUUAUUGUAAAGAUAAAAGACGUAAAUGAUAAUGUUCCUGAAAUAGAAGUAACAUCUCUGUCAAAUUCAGUGUUGGAGAAUUCAAAGCCUGGCACUGUUAUAUCUUUGAUAAGUGUGACAGAUAAAGACUCCGGUGUAAAUGGAAAGAUUAUUUCAAGCAUAAUCUCUAAUGUACCUUUCGAGUUAAAGCCCUCCUAUAAACAAAACACAUAUUCAGUCGUCACCAAAGGGUUACUGGACCGAGAGGAGGUGUCACAGUAUGACAUAACAAUAAAAGCCACCGAUUGUGGUGACCCUCCGUUAUCAACUCUGAAAACUCUAAGUGUUCAGAUACUGGAUGUAAAUGACAACAGUCCACACUUUCAACAAAAUCCUCUACAGUUUUAUAUUAUAGAGAACAACGUUAUUGGAUCAUCUAUUUUCUCCGUAACCGCAAAAGACAAUGACAAGAAUGAAAACGCAGAAUUAUCCUAUAGUAUUGCCAGAGCAGGGAGUGAAAAAGACGUAACAUCUUUCUUAAACGUGAACGCCCAAAAUGGACACAUUACAGCACUAAAAAGUUUCGACUUUGAAACUCUGAAAACGUUCCAGUUCCAAGUUGUCGCCACAGAUUCUGGAACUCCGUCACUGAGCAACAACGUGACAGUCAACGUGUUCAUUCUGGAUCAGAACGACAACGCUCCAGUCAUUCUGUAUCCACUCAGCUCCAACGGUUCUGCUGAAGGUGUGGAGGAGAUUCCACGGAAUGUCCACGCAGGACACUUGGUGACUAAAGUCAGAGCCUAUGAUGCUGAUAUAGGAUAUAACGGCUGGUUACUGUUUUCACUACAGGAAGUUACUGACCACAGUCUGUUUGGUUUGGACCGCUACACAGGACAGAUCAGAACACUUCGCUCAUUCACAGAAACAGACGAGGCUGAGCACAAACUGGUCAUACUGGUCAAAGACAAUGGGAACGUUUCACUGUCGGCAACAGCUACUGUGGUUGUCAAAGUCGUGGAGCCAAAGGAGGCUUUUGCAGCUUCUGAUGUGAAAAGUGCAUCAAAGGAUGAUGACAGUAAUGUGACUUUUUAUCUGAUGAUAACUUUGGGCUCAGUUUCAGCACUUUUUAUCAUCAGCAUCGUCGUUCUAAUUGCAAUGCAGUGCUCCAAAACUCCAGACUAUACAUCUAAAUAUUUAGAGGAUAAGAACUACGACGGAACACUUUGUCACAGUAUACAGUACAGAUCUGGAGACAAACGGUACAUGUUGGUUGGACCCAGAAUGAGUAUUGGAUCUACUAUAGUCCCUGGAAGCCAUGCAAAUACACUAGUACUGCCUGAUAGAAGGAGAAGAUCUGAGGAGGUAAGACAUAUAUUUCAAAUCUUGUAAACAUUUUGUUU